CCACACUCAACAUGGCGGACACCAAGACCCACGCUCUGACGUCACUUCCGUCAAAGUUCACGGCGAGGUUUUCCCGGGAAAACACGAAGCAACGAACUGAACCCGGGUGUACACGUGAAAGCAUCAUGGAGAAGAUUACUGAGAAAGUACUGCUGGAGAAAGGUCUACCUAAAGCCAACAAGCUGGAGAAAAUUACCAGCAUCAAUCUCUCUCGUAUGGGGUUGAAAAAUCAGGAUCUCCCUGUGGCUCUGUUGAAUAAACUGUCCUCGCUGGAGGAUUUGGAUCUUUCUGGAAACAUGAUGCAGAAGCUCCCUGCAAGACUUUUCCUUCCCAGGCUGCGGCUUCUGAACUUCUCCAACAACGACUUGGAGGAUGUGACCUCGCUAGCAGCCCUGAGCGGCCUGGAGGAGUUGCGGCUGGAUGACAAUUUAUAUCUCACCGUCAGUGAUGAGCACAAAGUGAUGUUCCUCCUGCCCAAUUUGAAGUUCCUGAAUGGGAAGGAUAUCAGUGCGACGGCCAGCCACAUCCGCCAUGUGAACAGCGAGAUCCUUAUGAAGCGGGUGAUUGGGGUGUGGGAGAAGAACUUCAGUCUCCCUGAUCCACCAUCUUCACAAAGCUUAAAGGAGCUCGAGAAAAAAUUUGUUAGUGCGGCUUGCUUUCAGGUCAAAUAUGGCCCCAGCUCUUUGAACGACUACACCAAAUGGAGGGUCGAAAUGAUUGCAAAAGAAUAUCUCAAGUCGCUGACUGGUCCAGAAAAAGAGGAGGAAGAAGACAUGACCUUGGAGACUCUUGAAAAGGAGACUGGGUCUCCUGCUAAGAGAAAGAGUCAUGACACUGAAGAAACAAGUGAUUCUGAAAAAUCCUGGAAGAAAAGGACUCUAAACCCAGUGGCCACACCAGAGGCAAGUGCACGCAAAUCAAGCCAGUUAACCAGUGCCGCGUCAGUCGAGUCCAGUCCGAGAAAAUCCUCACGGCUCCAAGGGACUCCUCAGAAAGCUCACCCAAAGGAGGUCUCGAGCCCACGGUGUCUGAGAAUGAAAACUCCCGAAGCGAGUCCGGGAAAAUCAUGUCGCCUGCAAAACACCCCAAAAAAAGCCAACGUGACCGAGGUCACAGUGACGCCCACUGCCAUGGGAGUGAAGAAAAAUCUAAAAGCUCAGCUUACGACUCCGAAAGCAUGUAGCUCCACCAAGGCAAAAAACGGAAUCUGGAAAACAACUAAAUACCAGGUUCCAAAGGAGCCGGCCCGUCUGCAGCCACUUCACGUCCUGCAGUGUCACAGUAAACAGGACAGUCGGGAGGAUUUCAGCACCCAACUGUGGGCCUGUGCCUUUGAGCCUGCUCACAACAAUAGUAAUGCAGAUGCCUGGUCACAAUCAGUGGCGACUUGUGGAGGGGAGACGGUGUGUGUGAUAGACUGCGAGUCUGGUCACGUGAUAAAGAAAUACAAGGUCCCUGGUGAGGAGUUCUUUACACUGGCCUGGACCACAGUAUUGAUGGCACGUGAGGGCGGUUGUGCUCGAUCGUGCAGCAUCCUUGCCGCAGGAGGAAAGAGGGGCAUGGUGAAGCUCAUCCACCCCAGAGCCAACCUGGCAUACGGCGAGUUUCGUGCCAGCCGCCGAACCAUAUCCAUGCUACGCUUCAGCCCGUGCCAAAGCAGCUUCCUAUUCACUGGUGCAUAUGAUAACAAGAUUAUCAUGUGGGACAUCGGCGGACUGGACCGGGACUACAACUUCAAAACCAGUCAGCUGCUUGUCCUGGAGACCUGCUCGACUCCACUGCAAUUCUGUCUGCCUCCCCAUUCCCCAGACACGCACCUCAUCUCAGGCUGCGACAACGGGCUUUACAGCUUCGACAUCCAGCUCAGCAAGAACAUACAGAAGAGGACAGUGGAGAUGGAGAUUGUAUUUCCUGUGUACAAGAAAAGUAAUAAGAAGAAGAACUACCGCACUAUUGAUGGACUCAGCUUCCUUACAGAGGACAUUAUAGCGUCUAAAAGUCAGAUGCAGGGCUCUAUCUACUUAUGGAGCUGGAGUCGUACAAGAGCGGAAAAAGGAAGGAAAAAAGAGGUGCCUGCUGUGAUCCUGGCCGAACUGCAGUGGUCGAACACCGAAAUCCCAUAUUUAUCUCUAAACACCUGCCCUGGCUUCGGCUACGUCGUGUGUGGAGAUGAACAAGGCAGACUGUGGACGUAUCACAUCACAGACGCUGCGAAGGCCAACUUCAAGAGCGGAAAAGCAGUUCCUGCUACAGAGGUCCUGGGGUGGCCAUCUCUGGUGCGAAAUGGAACAGGCCCCAUAGAGGGGCCGUCGAUCAACAGCGUCGCCAUGGACCCCGAGCUUCGUUAUUUGGUUGCCCUAAGUGACAAGAACAUGGUGGUCAUUUGGAGACGAGAAUCUGUGUAAUCAUUUCACAGAUCAGGAAGUGAUUCAGACUUUACCACCAAACCAGAGCCACAUGAAGGAUCAUUUAGAACUGACCAUUUUAGUUUGUUGUUGAUUUUUAUUAUUUUUUUUAUCCAAGUAUGCUAAUUUGUUUGUUAAAAAUCAACUGUACAUAAUGUAAUAACUGUAAAUUGUGCCUUUUUUACCUGGAAACUAAAAAAAAAAAAUCUUUAAAA